GAUCCUCCAUCACUCUUCACUGACAGAGAUACAGGACACACACGCGGCGGUUACUCUCUCACACUCACCGUGUUUAGCAUGGCGUUCCAGGGCUUUAUAGCGGGGGGCGGACUGCGCUCAGCGGGUGUCGCGGUCGGCGUUACAGCUGCUGCUGCGGCCGGCUGUUAUCUACUCUACCACAAAUGGCGUAAAGCGCGCAAGAGCACCAGAGGUGUCGCGGAGGAACACAUUCCCGAGGAGGGGAGCAAGGUGGAACAGGCACCGGUACAAACCGGGUCUGAGGACGGGAGCAAGGUGGAACAGGCACCGGUACAAACCGGGUCUGAGGACGGGAGCAAGGUGGAACAGGCACCGGUACAAACCGGGUCUGAGGACGGGAGCAAGGUGGAACAGGCACCGGUACAAACCGGGUCUGAGGACGGGAGCAAGGUGGAACAGGCACCGGUACAAACCGGGUCUGAGGACGGGAGCAAGGUGGAACAGGCACCGGUACAAACCGGGUCUGAGGACGGGAGCAAGGUGGAACAGGCACCGGUACAAACCGGGUCUGAGGACGGGAGCAGGGAACAGACACCGAUGGAAAUCCUGGGACAGAGGCCCCACAGACCACCUUACACCGUAUUUGAUUUCAGUAUUGCGUUCAGGACUAAACACUACGGACCAAAGGACUGGACCUGUACUGAAAUAACAGCUGGACUCAUACUCACAUUUGAUCCGUUGGUGCGACUCCUCAAGUUUGUAGGCCGGGCAGGACGCCCUUUAGUCAGCCUGGCUCAGAAGAUCCAGAAAGCACUGACCGGUACCAGUGAUACACUGGCUGUUACCGAUAACGUCACCGGUCAGUGAAAAGAAAGAAGUUCAAUUCAAAAGAAAUGUGUGUUCAAGUCCUUGCUCAGGGGCCAAAAUGUGGCAACUUUGCAGCAAGGGGGCUUGAACCAACAACCUUCUGAUUACUAAUCCUUAAAUAAAAUUGACUAAAGCUUAA